AUGGUGCCCUUCUUCCUUUCUCUGAAUGUCUUACGCCUGGGCCUGUGGGCUUCUGGCCUAAUUUUGGUCUUAGGCUUCCUCAAAGUUGCCCAUCUACUGCUGCGGAGACAGAAGCUAAUCAGGGCCAUGGAUAGCUUCCCUGCCCCUCCUACCCACUGGCUCUUUGGACAUGCCCUUGAGAUCCAGCAGACAGAGAGUCUGGACAAGAUUGUGUCCUGGACCCACCAGUUUCCCUACGCCCAUCAACUCUGGCUUGGACAGUUUGUUGGCUUCCUGAACAUAUACGAGCCUGACUAUGCCAAAGCUGUGUACAGUCGUGGUGACCCUAAAGCUGCGGAUGUGUAUGAUUUCUUCCUCCAGUGGAUUGGGAGAGGCCUUUUGGUCCUGGAGGGGCCCAAGUGGUUUCAGCACCGCAAGCUGCUCACACCUGGCUUUCAUUAUGAUGUACUCAAACCCUACGUGGCUGUGUUUGCCGAAUCCACACACGCCAUGCUGGACUUGUGGGAGAAAAAGGCUCGUGAAGAUAAGAGUUUUGACAUCUUCUGCGAUGUUGGCCGCAUGGCGCUGGAUACACUCAUGAAGUGCACCUUUGGCAAAGGAAAUAGUGGCCUGGGUCAAAGGGAUAACAACUACUACCUGGCAGUCAGUGAUCUCACGAUGCUGAUGCAGCAGCGGCUUCAGUCCUUCCAGUACCACAACGACUUUAUCUACUGGCUCACCCCUCAUGGCCGCCGCUUCCUUCGUGCCUGCAAGGUGGCUCAUGACCAUACAGACCAGGUCAUCAGGGAGCGGAAGGCAGCACUGCAGGAUGAGAAAGAAUGGGAAAAGAUCCAGAAAAAGAGACACCUGGACUUCUUGGACAUCCUCCUUGGGGCCCGGGAUGAAAGUGGGAGCAAGCUAUCAGAUGCAGACCUUCGGGCUGAGGUGGACACAUUCAUGUUUGAAGGGCACGAUACCACCACUAGUGGCAUCUCCUGGUUUCUCUACUGCAUGGCCCUGUACCCUGAGCACCAGCAGCGCUGUAGAGAGGAGGUCCAAGAGCUCCUAGGAGACCGGGACACCUUCCAGUGGGAUGACCUGAAUAAGAUGACCUACCUGACCAUGUGCAUCAAGGAGAGCUUCCGCUUAUACCCGCCUGUGCCCCAGGUGUACCGGCAGCUCAACAAGCCUGUCAACUUUGUGGAUGGUCGUUCUCUACCUGAAGGCAGCCUGAUCUCUCUGCACAUCUAUGCCCUCCAUCGGAAUGGCAAUGUGUGGCCUGACCCUGAGGUCUUUGACCCCUUGCGUUUUUCCCCUGAGAAUUCAAGUGGACGUCACCCCUAUGCCUUCAUUCCCUUCUCUGCAGGGCCCAGGAACUGCAUUGGGCAGCAGUUUGCCAUGAAUGAAAUGAAGGUGGUCACAGCCCUCUGCUUGCUACGCUUUGAGUUCUCCGUGGAUCCCUCACAGCCACCAAUCAAGAUGCUCCAACUGAUACUACGCUCCAAGAAUGGCAUCCACCUCCACCUGAAGUCACUGGGUGCAGGGUCCCGGAAGCAGUUUUAG